UCUAAUUCGUACAUUUUGAAUUAUUAUUUUUAUAUCGAAAUUGAUCAUUCAAUUUUCACUUUCAGUUGUCUAUAUAACAUAUCAUUCAAAAUAAAACUGAGAGCAAUUGUUGGUUACUUUCUCCUCUCAUUCUCUAAGCACACAAAACAUAACUCAAUUCAGUUUAUUUGGCAGUGGUUCGAGCGUGAUUAGGAUGGAAGUCGCUGGCCAGAACGGUGUCGUAUACAAUGAAGACGAGGCGUUAAAACGCUUGUAUGAUGUUUUUGGGGCUUCAUGUACUCUUGACAAUAUAGCUUAUGCGUAUUGCAAGGCGAAUCGGAAUAUAGAUUUGGCAGGGGAAAUUUUGUACGAUAUGAAGGGGGGCUCCUCGACUUCUGGGACUCACUCGUCUAACUCGGAUGCGAAAGCGGAAGAGUUGUCAGAAUCAUCUGACGGACUUUCCUCUGAAAACUCAUUCCGUGGAAGGAAAGGCUUCAAGCCGAAAGUUCGCCCUGUUUCAGCAGGCACUGUUUCGAGCGUUAUUGGUAAAAGUUAUGUUAGGCCCACGGUAUCUGGUAAUGGGUCUAACGGUAUGACUAAACCACCUAAGUUGGAUGCGAGGACGAUGCCAGUGACUGGAAUCUGGCGUGAAAAGAGCACGCCAAAGGCUGAUUCUUCAAAGAAUCAGCUUCAAGAGGAAAUGGAGGAUUUUUUGUUUAAAAUGCUUGGAGAUGGUUUUAAGCUGGAAAGAAAUGUCAUACGGGAAGUUCUAGGUACUUGCGGGUAUGACAUGAAAAAGAGCUUGGAAAACCUGCUAGAUCGAUCGGCGAUGGCUUUGGACAAAAGGCCAGUUGAUGUUCGUGAUGCAUCUGGGGAGGUUGCAGAUAUGAAAAGAAAAUCUGAAGUACCAGGAUUUGAAAAACAAUCUAAGGAUUUAAAUUGUAACAGAGGUAACGGAAACAUAGUUUCAGUUAAAGAAGCAGAACUACAUCAUCGGCAAAAAGAGAGACAUGACAUUCAGAAAGAAGUCUGGUCUAAUUUGUUUAGUUACCGCGAAUAUGUUGAGGAGCCUCGUAAGAGGUUUGUAAGGGGUGAGAAUACGAGUUCAGCCUAUGGAGUUGGACAUGUGGUGUUUGAACCUCCCGAAGAUUCAAUGGAGGAAUACAAGAUCAACAUGGAUUUCAGGAGACGAGAUAAUGAAGAUGAUGCUGAGGAUGAAGCAGAUUACCAAUGCGUGCGAAAAGCUGUGAAGGAAUAUCGGGUGACAAUGAAGGAAUACUAUAAAGCUGCUGUUGAAGCAUUUGCCAAGGGAGAGCAAAUAAAAGCUGAAAAACUUCUUGAACAGGGACAAUUUUACAAGAAUAAGGCACGUGAAGCUGACGAAGAAUCUAGCAAAAUGAUUCUUCAAACUAGGGGUUCAGAAACCCCAGAAAUGACACUCGACUUGCAUGAGCAUGAUCCAAAGGAUGCUGUUAGGCUACUGAAAUGUCAUCUUUCUUCGCUUUCUGGUUGUUCAUCAUUCGACCACCUUAAGGUUAUCUUUGAUGCAAAUGACCAAGCUAACAAAAAAAGGUCUUGCAGACGACUGGUAUUAAAACUAUUAGAGCAAGAGUCUAUAAAAUGGGUCGAAGGAAAAAUGGCUGGAACAAUAUUGAUCCGCUUAGAUAACAUUGACCGAAAACAGUUGAGUUUUUUCAAAGCAUAGCAAUGUUGUUUGAACCAAGAGUGGCGAUUUAUUAUGCGAAAGCCUGAUUGCUUGUUAGCUAACAAUGAAUGGCCGUCUAACUUCCAUGAUGUGCUAGCAGUUAACAGUUGGUCAAUUUUGGAAUUGAGGUUGUGGGAGUAAGUUGGUUGUGUGGUCCCAUAUAGUUUUCAUGAAAUUUUUGCCACAUUAGCUCAAAUAUAAAGAUCCAAAUCAAUGAGUAUAGGUCUUCUCUUGUCUGGCACAUGUGAUUCUGUAAACAUCGAAAAUUGCUUGUCCGUGCUUGUGAAAUGCAAAUGUUGUUUCAGUUGCAUGUUCGGCAUAUGAAGCUUUGAAUCUGUUGAGUUCA